AUGGCUGAAAAUGAUUUAAAAAUAUUAGGUGCAUGGCCUAGUCCAUAUGUUAUGAGGCCACGUAUAGCCCUUAACAUAAAAUCUUUGGGUUAUGAUUUCUUGGAAGAACAAUUUGGUCCUAAGAGUGAUCGUCUCCUUAAAUCAAAUCCUGUUUACAAGAAAAUCCCAGUUCUAAUUCAUGAUGGAAAGCCUAUUUGUGAAUCUCUCAUUAUUGUUCAGUAUAUUGAUGAAAAUUGGAAUUCUGGUCCCUCUAUUCUUCCUUCUGAUCCUUAUGAUCGUGCCAUUGCCAGAUUUUGGGCCACUUAUAUUGAUGAUAAGGUGUGUGCUUAA